GCGCCAUCGUGAGACCUAUUGGCUCUUCGGCACCACUCGGGCGUGGCUACGGGACCCGGGCGGGCCCAUUCCGCACAGCGGCUCAGGCGUUCGCGGUGGUGGCGUCGAAGCAUGCACGCGGCAGGUUUGGCGGCGCCGGCGGGGACGCCCCGGCUGCCCUCGAAGCGGAGGGUCCCGGGAUCCCAGCCAGGCAUGGCUGAUCCCCACCAGUUUUUCGACGAUACGAGUUCCACCCCGAGUCGGGGCUAUGGAGCCCAGCCGUCCCCUGGUGGUCUGGGCUACCCCUCCCCUUCCUCCUCCCCUGAGGCCGCCUUCUUGGCUAAUCCUAUGUCCAACAUGGCCAUGGCCUACGGGAGCAGCCUGGCCGCUCACGGCAAGGAGCUGGUCGACAAGAACAUUGACCGCUUCAUCCCCGUCACCAAGCUGAAGUACUACUUCGCUGUGGACACCGUGUACGUGGGCAGGAAGCUGGGCCUCCUUGUCUUUCCCUACCUACACCAGGACUGGGAGGUACAGUACCAGCAGGACACCCCAGUGGCACCCCGCUUUGACAUCAACGCUCCAGACCUCUACAUUCCAGCCAUGGCUUUCAUCACCUACAUCCUGGUAGCCGGCCUUGCACUGGGAACCCAGGACAGGUUCUCCCCAGACCUCCUGGGACUGCAGGCGAGCUCGGCACUGGCCUGGCUGACCCUGGAGGUUGUAGCCAUCCUGCUCAGUCUCUACCUGGUCACUGUCAACACCGACCUCACCACCAUUGACCUGGUGGCCUUCUUGGGCUACAAAUAUGUCGGGAUGAUUGGCGGGGUCCUCAUGGGUCUGCUCUUUGGAAAGAUUGGCUACUACCUCAUGCUUGGCUGGUGCUGUGUGUCCAUCUUUGUGUUCAUGAUCCGGACCCUGCGGCUGAAGAUCCUGGCCCAGGCGGCGGCCGAAGGGGUGCCGGUGCGUGGGGCGCGGAACCAGCUGCGCAUGUACCUGACCAUGGCGGUGGCGGCCGCGCAGCCGCUGCUCAUGUACUGGCUCACCUUCCACCUGGUGCGGUGAGCGGCCAGCCUCGCCUUCCGCGCCACAUUCAUCUCAGCCGCCCCGGGCCCGUCUCCAGGCCCGGCCCCUCCCCCCAGCCAAGGUGCUCCUGCUGCCACUGCACACCCGCAACAAUAAACCUGAUGGGCUCA